AUGGACAGCGUGCGCAUCCCCAUCCUCAACUCCAACGAGCUGGUGUCCAUCCCGGUCCACCAGCUGCCCGCCGACUGCGAAGAAGUCUUGGGCCUGCUAAAGGCGGAGGAGGUGGCGCUGUCGAUCUGGCUGGACAUCGCGAUGGCGUACCUGUCACGGGGUUUGGUGGGGCAGCACGUGCGGAUCCUGCAGGAGGCGUCGAGCAAGGAGGCGGCGGAAUUUUUCGGCGACGGAUUCAAGCACGAGAGGGUGCAG